AUGUUGAAUCAAUGUCAAGUAAUUUUCAUGUUCCUUCUUAGGUAUCAUAAAGGGAAGAUAAGCUUUUCUUUAAAAGAAAAAGGAAAACUUUUAGCUCAGUCCUUAAUGACAUCGGAUGAAAGACUUGAUGAUAUACAACCGAAAGGGAAGAAAAUGAAAAGACUGUUAAAGAUUUCCCUUUUGGGUACUUUCAAUCUGAAGCUUCAGCUGUUUCUUUACGACUUUAAGUUUUAA